AUGGCUUCAAAAGUCUCCUGUUUGUAUGUCUUGACGGUCGUUUGCUGGGCAAGUGCUCUGUGGUACUUAAGUAUAACACGACCCACUUCGUCCUACACAGUCCACAAAAGUUUCCGCACCAUCUCAAUAGCUAGAAAGAAUGUCUCCUUCGGCAAUAUAAGGACUCGGCCAAUCAAUCCUCACUCAUUUGAUUUCCUCAUAAACGAGCCGGAGAAAUGCGAAAAGAAUGCCCCCUUCCUGGUCAUUCUCAUCAGCACCACACACAAAGAAUUUGAUGCCAGGCAAGCCAUUCGGGAGACGUGGGGAGACGAGAACAACUUCAAAGGUAUUAAGAUUUCCACUCUCUUUCUCCUGGGGAAAAACACAGACCCUGUGUUAAAUCAGAUGGUGGAGCAGGAAAGUCAAAUCUUCCAUGACAUCAUCGUGGAGGAUUUCAUCGACUCCUAUCACAACCUGACUCUGAAGACGUUGAUGGGAAUGAGGUGGGUGGCGACGUUUUGUUCGAAAGCCAAGUACAUCAUGAAAACGGACAGCGACAUCUUCGUGAAUAUGGACAACCUCAUUUACAAAUUGCUAAAACCCAAUACCAAGCCGAGGCGGAGGUACUUCACUGGCUACGUCAUCAACGGAGGCCCAAUAAGAGAUGUCCGUAGCAAGUGGUACAUGCCUAGGGACUUGUACCCUGACAGUAACUACCCGCCAUUUUGCUCCGGCACUGGCUACAUCUUUUCAGCGGAUGUAGCAGAGAUGAUUUACAAAACCUCCCUCCACACAAGACUUCUUCAUCUUGAAGAUGUGUACGUGGGACUUUGCCUGCGGAAGCUGGGCAUCCACCCUUUUCAAAACAGUGGCUUUAAUCACUGGAAGAUGGCCUACAGCCUAUGUAGAUACCGGCGCGUUAUCACAGUGCAUCAGAUAUCACCUGAGGAAAUGCACAGGAUUUGGAAUGACAUGUCAAGCAAGAAGCACCUCAGGUGUUAG